CUGUGUUUGUAGAUUGUCUGGCUGUAUGGUGACAGAGGAAGGCUGUGGUUUUCUGUCUUCAGCUCUGACUUCAAACCCCUCACACCUGAGAGAGCUGGAUCUGAGCUACAAUCAUCCAGGAGAUUCAGGAGUCAAGCUGCUCUCUGAACAACUGGAGGAUCCAAACUACACACUGGACAAACUCAAUCUGGAUCAUGGAGGAGAGCAGAGGAUUACAGCAGGACUGCACAAAUAUGCCUGUUUACUCACACUGGAUCCAAACACAGCAAACACCAAACUCAUUCUGUCUGGGGAGAACAGAGAUAUGAAGUGUGUGAGAGAGAAACAGUCGUAUCCUCGUCAUCCAGACAGAUUUGAUGAUUGUCCUCAGGUGUUGUGCAGGGAGAGUGUGUGUGGACGCUGUUACUGGGAGAUUGACUGGAGUGGAGAUGUGGAUAUAUCAGUGUCAUAUAAAAGCAUCAGGAGGAAGGGAGACAGGACGGAGUGUGAGUUUGGAAACAAUGCUCAGUCCUGGAGUUUGAGCUGUGAUUCCUCCAGUUUCUCGUUCUGGUACAAUAACAUAAAGACUGUUCUCCCAGUAAAGUGGAUCAGACAUAGAAUAGGCGUGUUUGUGGAUCACAGUGCAGGAACUCUGAUCUUCUACAACAUCUAUAGAGACACAAUGAGCCUCAUCCACUCAGUCCAGACCACAUUCACUGAGCCGCUCUAUGCUGGGUUUUGGGCUGAUUAUGGAUCAUCAGUGAAACUGUGUUGAAGACUGAGAGACUGAGAAGAGAUUUACACAUAAUCCUCAGCAGGAUCAGUCAGUAGCAGUGAGAUGAUCUGGAGUCUCGUUUGUGUGUGUGUGGGAAUGAAAAUUAUUAUCAUAUGCAUUUCGUCACCUUAGAAUUAUAAGGUUCUAUCUGACAUUUUUGUCAAAAUUGAGUUACUCACAUAGUCUUAUUAAAUUACAUCUUAUUUACAUUAUGUGAUGUUUUUUUAUAACUUGUUUACAUUUUAGGACUUUUUAUUUAAAAAACAAAAAAGGUUUUAUAUAAAAAGUUGAACUCUAGCUUGGCUCUGUCAUUUCUCCAGAAUGCUCUAUUGACAGCGGCAAAGACCAGAAAGAAACACAAAAUCAGAGUUGACUAAUUAAUGAUGCACUACACAAAAUUGAGAUGAAACCUGAAAAGAUGUGUGUCUAUGUGAUGAUUUAGAAGCAUUUUUUGAAAUUAACAUGACAUGUUACAUUUUACAUAAUAACAGUUAUUAAAAUAUUGUAUAUAUUAAAUGUAAAAUAUAUUUUUAUUUGUGUGUGUGUGUGUG